UCUGACUAGUCAUAUUUUACCAACAGUGUAAAAUUUUUAAUCAUUUACUAGAUACUAUUUCUUGAACGAAUUAUAAAAUUAAAAGAUGAGUCGCAAAGAAGCAUUAUCUCAGUUUAUUCAACAAAUACAUGGGCGUCCUGUUGUUGUAAAGCUAAAUAGUGGCGCGGAUUAUAGAGGUGUUUUAGCUUGUCUUGAUGGUUAUAUGAAUAUAGCACUUGAACAAACAGAAGAAUAUGUAAAUGGUCAAUUAAAAGCCAAAUAUGGUGAUGCUUUUAUUCGUGGUAAUAAUGUAUUAUAUAUAAGUACACAAAAACGUAGAACUUAA